AUGAAUUCGUUAAGCUGUGAUCUAUGUUUACCAAACUUUUAUUACAAUGAGAAAAAUAGUUAAGUACAUGUUGAUAGGAAUUAAGUACCUGUUUGCAUUGAAUGCCCACAAGGAUCAGGGACUAAUCAAGCAAAUAUAGAUAAUUUUUAAAUUUCUAGUUGUAGUAUUUGCUUACAAAAUUAUUAUAUGACAAAUCCUUCUUCUUAGUCACCCACUCUAAAUUCUGCAUAAUGUCUACCGUGCCCUAAUGGAACUCUUAGUUCUGGAGCUUAAACAGUUGAUCAAUCUGUAUGCAACUCUUGUGCAAUAAAUUAUUAUAUGGCUUAAAGCUCAAUAGCUGCUUCAUAAAAUAAUAAUAAUUAAGGAGUGGCUGCUUAAUGUUUAGUUUGUCCAUAAGGAAGUGGUACUUUAGAAGAUUUAAAUAUUUAAGGUGAUAUUUCUCAGUGUUCAAUAUGCUUAGAGAACUAUUUUAUGGUAUCUCCUGCAAUUUAGUCAGCUUAAGGAAUAUAACCAUCUGCUGCAUAAUGUAUCUCUUGCCCUAAUAAUUCUUAUAACCCUAAAAAUUCUUAAUAAGGAUAUUGUACUUGCUAUGAUUCAAAUGCAACUCCUUUAUCAUCUUAAGUCUAAUCAUGCAACUGCAAAAAUGGCUAUUAUGGAAGUGUUGCUACUUCUUAAAAUGCUCCAUCAGGUUGUUUUCCUUGUCCCUAAGGGUAGUAUUCUAAUAGUUAAACACAGCAUAACUGCCAAACAUGUCCUUCUAAAUUUGUGACUAACUUAGAUUAAAGCGGUUGCGUUUGUAAUGUAGCAGGCCUUGGUGUAAUUUUGGACUAAUCAACAAAUAAUUGUACAUGUAAAAAUGGUUAUCAAGAAGACAUUUCAAGUCUUUCUGGCUGCUCUUCUUGUCCAUAAGGUUUUUAUUCUAAUAGUUCUACUUCUUUUAAAUGUAUAUCUUGCCCUUCUGGAUCUUAAACAAAUAAUGAUUAAAGUAAUUGUAUUUGUAAUGAUAAUAGCUUAGCAGUAUAUUUUGAUCCUAUUAGCAUAUCUUGUAAAUGCUAGAAAGAUUAUUUUGGAAAUCCUUCAUAAGCUACUCUAGCUACUAUUGGAUCUUGUACUCCAUGCCCUACAAAAUUUUAAGCUACCUUCUCUUAAAAUGAAAUAAUGAAAUCUUAGUGUGUAUUUUCUACAUUUUAAAAUUUCAUUUCAUUUAGCUUAGUGCUAGCUGCUAUACAACUAUGUAUUCUGUUAUGA